UAACAUUUAUUAAGUUAGAAGUUAUAAUAUAAACUUGUUAAUUAUAGUUAUUACUAUUAAAUCUUAAACGCAUCUAAUAAAUUGACAUUUUGCAUUGGUUGUAUGAUCAAAUGAUAAACUGAAACAGCAGUAGUAUAGAUUUACAAUUAUCUAUAGAUACAAUUGAUGUCUCUCUAAAUUGUGAUAUACUUAUCCGCAACAAUCUUUGCGAUAUCCGCAUGUGUUACUUAUAUCACAGAUGCGAAUUGAUUCUUUCUCUUUUUGUCGCGCAAGUCGGUCAAAGAAUGUCCGAUUCGGUAAUUUGCUAUUCGCUUACAGACGUCGCGAAGUGCAACGGCAAGAAUGGAACAAGAACAUGGAUCGUGAUCUACGAUAACGUUUAUGAUGUAACGGAUUAUAUGCAACAGCAUCCCGGUGGUCCAGAAUUAAUCGAGGAAUAUGCGGGAAAAGAUGCAACGAGUGGAUUUGAUGAUUUCGGACACUCUUUAGAUGCCACGAAGAUGCUAAAAAAGUAUUUAAUUGGCGAACUUAAAGAUGAAGAUAAAAGAGUCAACAAAAAGAAGAAGUACGCUGUUUCUAACGGACUAAAAGUAGAAGGGGUGGAUAUACAAAAACGAAGAACCUUCUUAGCAGCGAUUUGUGGUAAAUGUAUACGUUGAAAAAUUUGCUGUGAAUAUCGAUUGUUGUAUUACAUUAGAUAUAUAAUUUUAUUUAUUAUGUCAUCUAUCUGACAUUUACUGUCUAAAUAAGGCAUUGUUCGUGACGACGUGCACGAUGACAUAUUAGUGAUAAGGAUCAUCGAAAUUAAAAGCCGUCCGCUUAUCAUUCGUACGUGACAAUAGCAAAUUAUUACGUCCGCGAGUAAUUACGUCACGUGUCACCUGCUUAUCGUAUUCACAAGCAUAGUAAAUUCUUCGUAAUGGAAUUUCCAACUUUAUAUGUAAUCUAAUCUCAUUAAUAAAAUUUUGUGACUUAAGACAGUCUGCAUCGAGAAAAAAAAGUUGU